AUGUGCGGGUUGCCCUUCGAGCACACGACGGCGUCGUCCAACGUGGGCCGCGUCCAGCAGCGGCAGCUUCCUCGCGGCUGCUCUUCGCGGGGCCCGCCAUCGCCGGGCAGCCUGCGCUGGCUGGACACGCCGCACGCAGUCAGUGUCUCCAGGGGCAUGAGCGGCACCCAGCAGCUGAUGCUCUUCGACCACGACGCCCGCGUGCGCCAGGCAUACCGACGGGCCCAAUGGAUGAACCAGGCGCAGCGAUUCCGCAUCGCGCUGGACAUGAGCGAUCCCAAGGUGCAACAGACUAUGCAGCUGGCAGAGCAACCAUUCGACUUCCAGGUGGGCGGCAGAACACCGCCGGUUCACAUCACCGGCAUCGACCCCGACGAGGAAGACGACGAGCUGCAGGAAAUUUCCUCAUAAGUUGUUAUGAGCGACGAGUGGUCGCUUAUUGCCUCCUAUAAGCUAAUAUAUAUGCGCUGCUAGACGCACACGCCGAAGAUUGGCUCAGCGUUUUCUAUGACAGUCAUACAGAUACAGUUUGCUGUUCUCGUGUUGUUAUCCUCCUCCUGUACAAGUUAGUUUUUUUUCUUCUUUUUAGUUGUUGUUCUCAAAGUCAAUAAAAUAUCUGUGGACAACCAAAC